AUGUGGCUGUUGCCAGGCCCGGGGUCACGUGGCUAGUGAUGCCGGUUGCUCUGCGGCGUCACCGUGUUGGGCCUGCGGCCAUGACGGAGCCGGCACCGGAGCCACUUCUGCCUCCGCUCCCGUCGGCGAAACUGGCCACUUUCUCCGAGGAGUUGGUGCACAGCGUCUCGCUGUACCGUCGCCGGCCACUGCCCCUUUACGGCACCCUGGGCCCGUUCGCAGCGCUGUACGCCGCCUGGUUCUACCUGUGGGUGUGCCACUACGGCAUCAGCCAGUACCUGGAGGCCGGCCUGGUUUCCCUGGCUGCGCUCGGCAUCGCGCACGUCCUCACCGUGCUGUCCGGACACUGGUCCGUGCACGUCCACUGCCUGCUGACGUGCACCAAGGAGUCCAACCCCUUCAAAGCAACCUGGGCCAAGGUUGUUCCUACGCCGAACAAUGGCUCCCCUGAGCUCGUGGCACUCCUACAUGACCAGGAUGAGCACCAGCAGAAAACCAUCUCUUUUGAGUUUCAGAAGAUUAAAUACUGGUUUGAUGAAAAUGAGAAACAGUUCCGUCCUGUGGCUUUCCCAGUGAAUUUACAACUCCAGUUCUACCAGGGUGCCAAAGGCUUCCAGGAUGAGAAGGAGCUAGCAACUGCAGAAAGGAAAUAUAGUUCAAACAAGGCUGAAAUGGUGGUUCCUGAAUUCAUGCAACUCUUCAAGGAGAGAGCUACUGCCCCUUUCUUUGUCUUCCAGGUGUUCUGCGUGGGUCUCUGGUGCUUGGACGAGUAUUGGUACUACAGUGUGUUUACCCUUUUCAUGCUCGUAGCCUUUGAGGCCUCCCUGGUGCAGCAGCAAAUGAGGAACAUGUCUGAGAUUCGGAAAAUGGGCAACAAACCCUACAUGAUCCAGGUCUACAGGAACAGGAAGUGGAGGCAAAUCUCAAGUGACGAGCUCGUUCCUGGUGACAUUGUUUCAAUAGGUCGAUCACCUCAUGAAAAUCUGGUGCCAUGUGAUGUUUUGCUGCUCAGAGGUCGCUGCAUCGUAGAUGAAGCAAUGCUGACUGGGGAGUCUGUCCCACAGAUGAAGGAACCGAUAGAAGACGUUAACCCAAAUCACACAUUGGACUUGCAGACAGAUUCAAAGCUGCAUGUAAUAUUUGGAGGAACCAAAGUAGUUCAACAUUCCCCACCUCAGAAAACCAGUGCAGGACUCAAACCUGUGGAUAAUGGCUGCGUUGCCUACGUCCUGAGGACUGGUUUUAAUACUUCUCAGGGCAAAUUGCUACGAACAAUCCUGUUUGGAGUCAAAAGAGUUACAGCCAACAAUCUGGAGACAUUCAUUUUCAUCCUUUUCCUUCUCAUCUUUGCUAUUGCAGCAGCUGUAUAUGUCUGGGUUGAAGGUACAAAGGACCCAAACAGAAACCGUUACAAGUUGUUUUUGGAGUGCACGCUAAUUUUAACGUCUGUUGUCCCUCCCGAGCUCCCGAUUGAAUUGUCACUGGCAGUCAACACUUCUCUUAUUGCCUUGGCUAAACUCCAUGUUUACUGCACAGAGCCUUUCCGAAUCCCCUUUGCCGGGAAAGUGGAAUUUUGCUGCUUCGAUAAAACUGGCACUCUGACAAGUGAUAAUCUGGUUGUCAGAGGGGUUGCAGGACUCAGGGAUGGGAAAGAAUUGAUCCCAGUGUCAGAGAUUCCCCUGCAAACACAUCGGGUGGUGGCAACGUGUCAUUCGCUAGUACAGAUGGAUGAUGGGACAUUGGUUGGCGAUCCUCUUGAGAAGGCGAUGCUAACCGCAGUUGACUGGACCCUCACAAAAGAUGAGAAGGUUUUCCCCAAAAGUAUCAAGACACAAGGUCUGAAGAUACACCAGCGCUUUCAUUUUGCCAGUGCGCUGAAACGCAUGUCAGUCCUCGGCUCUUACGAAAUGAUGGGCUCCACAGAUCUCCAGUAUAUCAGUGCUGUGAAGGGAGCUCCUGAGACACUACGCAGCAUGUUCUUUGAAUGUCCCAGCCACUAUGAUGAUGUCCACACUGCGAUGUCAAGAGAGGGAGCACGAGUAUUAGCCUUGGGAUACAAGGAGAUGGGACACCUUACUCAUCAGCAGGUCCGAGCAAUAACCCGUGAGCAAUUGGAGUCAGACCUGAAAUUUGCUGGCUUCAUCGUGGUUUCUUGUCCCCUCAAGACUGAUUCAAAAGCGGUCAUCAAAGAGAUCCAGAAUGCAUCACAUCAGGUAGUAAUGAUCACCGGUGACAACCCCCUCACAGCCUGCCAUGUAGCUCGAGAGCUUCACUUCAUUCAAAAGGAACACACACUUGUCCUCCAAGCGCCAAAAACUGAAGAUGCUUCAUGGUUAUGGGUGUCCAUUGAUGGAAAAGUUACCUGUCCUGUGAUUCCAUCAGCCAUAAGUGACCUGACUGAACACUAUGACCUGUGUAUGACAGGCGAAGGGCUCAAUUAUUUAAAUGCAGUGGACCAGCCCUUCCUGAUGAAGCUGAUCCCUCAUGUCCACGUGUUUGCCCGGGUUGCACCCAAACAAAAGGAGUUUGUAAUUACCAGUUUCAAGAGCUUGGGCUACACCACUUUGAUGUGUGGUGAUGGGACGAAUGACGUUGGAGCCUUAAAACACGCCGAUGUUGGAGUAGCUUUGCUGGCAAAUGCUCCUGAACGGAUACCAGACAAGAGGAGGAGGCCAAAAGAUGGGAUGAACGAUGGGAAACCUUUCACUUUCAAUACAAGCAGCAAUGUGAAAACAACAGCUCGGGGUGCAAGGCAUCGGGUUAUGUCACAGCGAGAGGAACAGCUCGCUGUACAAAGGGAGCGUCUUAAUCAGGUGCUGAAAGACUUGGAGGAGGACCAGAUGCCUGUAAUAAAACUGGGGGAUGCCAGCAUUGCAGCACCAUUUACUUCCAAGCUAUCAUCCAUCAUGUGUAUAUGUUAUGUGAUAAAACAAGGUCGUUGCACAUUGGUAACCACGCUGCAGAUGUUCAAGAUCCUGGCCUUGAAUGCACUGAUCCUUGCCUACAGCCAGAGCGUGUUGUACCUAGAGGGAGUUAAGUUCAGCGACUUCCAGGCCACACUGCAGGGGUUACUUCUAGCUGGCUGCUUUCUCUUCAUCUCUAGAUCCAAGCCACUGAAGACCCUGUCAAAGGUUCGUCCACUGCCAAACAUAUUCAACUUGUACACAAUUCUCACCGUACUGCUGCAGUUUGCUGUCCACUUCGCCAGCUUAGUUUUCCUAUACAGGUCUGCACAGGAAUAUUCCGCCUCCAGCACAGAAGAGUUUGUGGAUCUGUACAAAGAGUUUGAGCCCAGCCUGGUGAAUAGCACAGUGUACAUCAUGUCCAUGUCAAUGCAGAUGGCCACUUUUGCUAUUAAUUACAAGGGUCAUCCAUUCAUGGAGAGCCUACAGGAGAACAAGCCCUUGCUGUGGAGUAUUGUGAUUUCAGGCCUUGCUAUCCUGGGCCUGCUCACUGGCUCCUCACCGGAGUUCAACGAACAGUUUGGGCUUGUGGAAAUUCCAAUAGAGCUUAAAAUAGUGAUUGCCGAGGUUCUCGUGGCUGACUUCCUGGUGGCACUUGUGCUGGACCGAACCCUUCAGGCAUUGCUGGGGAGCAGCAGACUUCAUGUGCCUUCCUGAUGAUCAAGCUGGCUGCAUGGCCAGUCCUUCCUCCACACCAAGUCAGUCCACAGCUGGGCACAUGCACAUCACUGGGAGAUUUCAGGGCGAGAGAGACUAGGCACCCGGCCAUUCCCACAGAUGGAACUUGUAACUCGCCAACUGUUUUCUUAGAUGGUUUUUGAUAUAUAAAGAAAAAAAGACUGGUAUUUUCCUACCUUAAAAAAACGAAAUUCUGGAUGAGGGAAAUAAUAAAUCCAUGUGCAGUUUGACAGUGUUUGUGAAUUCGGCCCCUUAGCUUUUCAUCUCCUUAAAAACUUUGGAAUGUGAAAUCUUCAUUUGACGCUGUUCAGCUUUCAGUUUUUCUAACACACCAUCAAGGCAAAUGUCCACAAUUGACUGAAGUAAUACUAAGGUGAUAGUUUUCUUUGUACUUUAAUCUGUUGACGAGUUUCUGCUUUGCAAGAGGUGAGGCAUGUAUUUUUACCCUCAAAUACGUUAAAGGUAUUCCUCCAACUCCGGUCUUUCAGCAUCCUGCCCUUCCUUGCAUCACGAUUACUAGUCCUACUUUCAGCUUUUGAAUUUUCUCUCCAAAAAUUCAGAUCCUGCUUAAAAUCUGCCUCUUACAGCAAAAGCUGUAUAGAAGUGCAAACUGCCAUCUGUUUUGCCCUGACACAUUGUAGACCUUUUCAAUUCUCAUGAUCAAAGCGGCUGGAAGUCCAUGGCUGCUCCAGUACUGAAUUGCAGUCAACACAAUGUACAAAAUCCUUUCAGGAUGUGCAGCUAUCACUCCUUAGCUUGUGCUUCAGGUGUCAAUGUGUGUUCACCAGCUGAAAGAACUAAAAGAUCUGCUUCCCCACCCUGGAAGUAGAGUGUGAUUGAAGCUAUUUCAGUUAUUGUUAAGCCAAGAACAACUUGCAUUUCUCUAGCACCUUCUGCCACUUCAGAGCAUCUUAAAAUGCUUUGCAACCAGCAGCAAACAUCAGAAACAGUCACUGUUAUAAUGCAGGAAAUGGGACAGUCAAAUUGUGAACAGUAAGAUCCCACAAACUGCAAAUGUGAUAAUGACCUAGUUUCAGAUAAAUGAUUUAGGGCUAAAUGUUGAUACUGAAGAGAUCCCAUUUUAGUUUAAUGUUUCCACAAAAAUAUGGUGCCUCAGUCAGUACUGCAUUCCCUUAACAGUAAAUAACAUUAGUAUCAGAUCCAGGCUUCUAUCCCCUUACCUCUGAACUUCACAGAAGUAUGAGGUUAAACCUGACUGCCUCCUAUUACCUUCCUGCACAACUCUUUUAACACUGUCAUCCCACAUAACAAAUUUCAAAUGUUGGUUAUUCAACUCACUGGUAACUCCAUUAUGUAAGUCAUUGCCAGCUGCACUGGCAAUGUUUCACAUAUGGCCCUUGAGGCUGGGAGUACUACUAACUCCAGUACUACAGUCUAUAUCAAUCCCUUUCCCUUUUUGCUCCAGCCUCAUUUCCAGAUGGCAUGAGGAAUAAUUUGAUGUCUUUUAACAUUAAGGUGAUUUGUGUUUGUCUGCUAAAAUUCCAAGUUUCCCUGAUCCAGCUCUGAACUCCCACCUUUCUAUAGUUUCUCCUAUUUCUCCUGGUGCCCUCUCUAAUUGCAUUAUGUCCAUAAGACCAUUUUUCUACUCCCUUGCUCCUACACAGGUCAACUAACCUCCUGCCCUAGCAGAUAUUAAUUGUUCUGUCACCUCUCGUUGCUAUCCCUCAACUCUUUCAAAUCGCUUGUUCCUGGCUCUUGCCUCAAAAAUCCUACCCUUGACCCCUCUGUCCUUGUAAACUAAUAUUCCGUCUCCAACUUCCCCUUUUUCUCAAGUUCUUCAAUAUGUUGCAGUUGAUGCCCACCUUUACUUCACAACCACAUUUGAAUCACUCAAAUUGAGUUUCAUUUAAUUCCUCUGCACUGUGGCUAUGUUCAAAGCCAUAAAUGAUAUCCUUUGGUCUUCUCAACACUUCUCCAGCCUUUGACAAUAACUGACAACAUCUUAUAUCAAUGCCCAACUGGGUCCACCAUCAUCAUCUUCAGUGAUUGUAACCAGAGAAAUGCCAGCAACCUACUCAACUGUCAGUCCAUCAUUACUUCUGAGGUUCUGCCAGAAAUUUAGCUUUGAGUGGCUGUUAGCUGUGUGUUCGUUGGCCUUUUGUGACAUAAGUGAAAGGUAUUGCAUCAAAUUCUUAAUGUACACUGAUAAACAGAGCUUUUCUCCACCACCAACGACCCUUGACAGCUCCACUAUGCAGUGCCCUUGCCCAAUGGAUUACCAGAGCAGCCUGACAAGGCAUGUCUGUGAUUUGGAAUUUGACACUACUUCUGACAUUGUUUCAGAUUAGCAAAAUUUCCUCAUUAGAUUUUUGGACCAAAAAAUGUAUUUAUUCAGCAUCUUUAACGUAUGUAAAAAGCUCCAAGGUGGCAGAAUUUCAGGAGUUCCUUUAAAAGGACAUAAAGUCAGGUGCUGCCUCCUGUUCUAGUACUUAGGCAGCUGAAAGCAUAGCUGCAAUUGAGUGAUUAAAAACUGGGGAUUAAGCAAGAAGCCAAAAUUGGAAGAGAACAGAAAUGUCAGAGUGGAGAGACUAGAGGACGGUGCAGAGGUUAAGGAAUAAUUUACCAAUGAGGAUGACCCAUUUGACAUUGAUUUAUUUUCUGGCUAUGUCUGAAUAAGAAGGAAGUGGGACCACUCAGCAAGACAUCGUGGGAAAUGCAGUAUAGGAUGAUGUGGUCAUUCUCAAAGGUAAAUUAUCAAACCACUGUCUUCUGCACCAUCCUCUUCAAUUUCACUCCCUUUAGUCAAGUAUGCAAACUGAAUCAGAUUAUUCACAACCUUGUUAUCCUAUCUGAUGCGAAACAACUGAGUUUUCUAAUCCCAUAUCUUUUCCAUCACAUUACUGCCAAAACCGUAACCUAAACCUUUGCUACCUAGAGUUAGAACUUCAUUGCCCUGCCAGUCAGCUUCCCAUCCUUUAUGCUCCACCAUAAAUCUUCAGAGCAUCUGAAACUUGACUCUAUGUACCCUCAUCCAGUCAUCAUUGAUCUGUAUUGCCCCUUGAAAUCUGAUUUCACAUUCAAAUCCCAUCAAGAAACCAAUUCAGCCCCAUGUGCUCUUCUCACUCUCAUUGUCUUUGUGUGUCCAGUCCAUAAGCCCUGGAAUGUUUUCCACCCCCAAAUCAGGGAAUUAUCAUUUUUAAGUCCUGUCUUGCACUUUGAACUGUUCAUGGUUAGAAAUGUAAAGAAAAUAAAGGCUGUGGAUGAUUGUGCAGACGCUGGAGGAAGAAUUAA